GAUCGCUGGUAGGCAAGCGAAUUGUAAAGCGCACUGCAGAGCGUAACGCGUAGCAGCUGCCCGGAAGCCGGAUGGUCAGCGGCCGUCAACACCCUUUCAUUCCGCCGACGUUGGCAACUCUUGUCCCUUUCAUCCUCCUCGCCCCCUCAAUCGUCCCUUGCUCUCAUGGUCAGUGCCCUCCGUCUUCACUGCGAUGUCUGGAUUAAAUCCUUUCCGCCCUAAGAAGCCCGAGGAUCCCGCAGGCCCUCCUUCAUCCCAUUCGACCUCUGGGAGCUCGUACUUUUCCGUCCCUCCUGCGUAUACCGUCCCCGAUACCUCUUUCAAUCCGAAUGGCAUCCCCGACUUUCCUUCCCCAAAUCCCACGCCGAGCAACGACGAUUCGUUGUCCUCGGAUGAUCAGUCUGUCUCCGACCCCUUCCGUCAACACUCGGAUCUGAGUGACGAUGAGGGGGUCCGGCGAAAGCCAGCUCAGUUUCCUACCUCAAACCCUUCAAAUCUCUCUCGAGAACUUCCCGACGAAGAAUUCCGCCGGACCCGGCAACCAGGUCUCCCCUCCGCCCCUCCCGUCUCUGCGACAGCCUUCGGGGUACCUGCUGGGCUACCGUCGAGGAGCAGAACCCACGACCAGUAUCCAGGACAGGAGAACGCCAGGCCACUCGGCGAGAAUGCCCCCGUUGCCAGCUCCAAUGCAUCUAUCCGAUCAUUGACCCCUCACGGCGGCACCCGUACGACAAACAGCAGCGUCACGGACGUAUCCCAGACGCCGGCGCAUCCGGGCAUUGCACACUUCCCGGGGGUCGGACGAGACCCCAAACCUCUUGCCAGCCGCUCAGGUAACCGCGACAAGGUCCCUCCACCUCCACCGAAGAGUCACCAUGGAAGGUUGAUCAGUCCCACCUCCGGCACGGCGUCCUCCCUCUCUCAGCCCGAACCGGCCAGGCCUACCAACCGCUAUUCUUUCCAUGGGUCCCCCUCGGAGGCCUCCCUGUCACCGCGACCCGCUCAGUCGGAGGGAGGCUACUUUGCUGGACUGGGAGAGAAGUCACAAUUGGAGCGACCCGGCGAGUCUUUGCGACGUAGCCAAUCUCAGCACAAACGACCCCCGACGCCACCGCUCGCGCGGCGACACAGCCAGAUGAGGCGAUCCAAAACGACGCAUUCUAAAGCUAACAUGGCACGGUUAUCGAUGCCGCCUAUCAAAGUGGAUGUCACGGCCGAAUCGCCUCCUCCGAGUCCGGGCUCCUGGUCAUUAAACCCGGCUCGGACUCGGGAUGCGCGGAUCGACACCUCGUCCUCUGACGAGAAUUCCUCCCAGCGUCCUCCUCUUUCCAUCCAAACGUCGGAGUCGAAAUCGUCCACCUCGGUCGCGGACACGUCGGCUUCUACGUCGCCCUCUAACCCCAGGGCAUCGUUGAAUAAGCGGGCAUCACAGCAGAACCCCCUGCCCCCUCCUCCACCUCCGCGGCGCACCCGGGGGUCCAGUAAUCACAGCAGUGACGAGACUCGUUCUACGAGUCUCCGGUCGGAGAAACGGGCGGAGGAGAACCCAGCAUUCACACCGGAACCCUCGAAUGCGCGGGACAUUCUGGCCGACCUGACCCGCCUACAGAAAGAGGUGGACGACCUGCGCGGUCACUAUGAAAACCGCAAGGCCAGCCACUAGGUAACUAAUGGAAUGCUGCAUGGUAAGCACAUAACGGCGAAGCAAGGGGGAGGGAGCUA